AUGACAUCGAGCGUUUUAUUGUUCUUCUAUCUCAGUACGCUCUACUUAACUUGGUGUGAUGCAAGCGAUGCAAGCCUACCCAAACUUUCUAUUCUAGAUGUAAAUGGAACAACCGAAGAAGACGUGACGGAAACGCAAUACGCGACUUGUAAAAUCGCAACGGAAGAAUUGGUCGCUAGUGCGCGCGCCACUGUUAGAAGUGUAAUUACCGGAGCUUGCAGCGCAAAAACAAUAGGCAAGAGACUGCAAAGUUUGGAGAAUAAGUUGACCGGAGAAUUGAGGGAGAUCAAGACGAUACUAUACUCUAUUUUACAGAAGAAAGAAGAUUCACCUAAAUCCUUAAAAACGUCCACGAACGAGAAAAGUAUAAACAAGAAUAAUUAUCGCGAAGACGAAAACGAUGCUCCGUCACCGAGGCAGUUAGAAAUUGACAAAUUCAACAGUACCGUCGUGACGAAUUUAUCAGUAAACGGAUCUACGAGUUCCUUUUUUUACUACUGGCAAAUAAAGGGGUUCAGCGAGAAGCUUGCCGGUUGGAAAACUGCUCGUUCCGAGCGUAGUGGGACGUUUUAUAUCGGUCAAAAUGGAUAUGCCAUGUACAUCAAGGUUACACCAAGCUAUUUUUCGAACGGCACUGUCUUCAUGAGCAUUGGACUGACUCGUGGUCGUCACGAUUCCCUUCUUAAAUGGCCGUUUUCGCAUAGGAUACGCCUCGAGGUUUUAGAUCAUUCGACCGAGCAGCCGCGGCUAGAUCGACGAUCGAGGAUCUGGGAUCCGUCUACGCUCUGCUCGGAAUAUUUUUGGGAUCGUCCAAAAUUAACUGGAGAACCAGACAAUCCAGAAUGCGUCGGAUUGAGCGUUCCGCGAAAAAUUCUUUUUUCCAAGAUAUUUUCGAUCGAUCGCGCCUCGAGACACACCAGAUACCUUUGGAACGGAACUAUCACGAUACAGCUGACGGUUUUCCUUUAAAUUCACCCUUUAUCCGUAGAUCCUUGGACGCGAAACUAAUUCUGUUUCUCUAUUAAUUU